AUGGCAAGGUCUGGAUCCAACUCCGGCAAUUCCCACGGUUCACGGGCAAGGUCUGGAUCCAACUCCGGCAAUUCCCACGGUUCACGUGGAAGGUCUGGAUCCAACUCCGGCAAUUCCCACGGUUCACGUGGUAACUCUGGAUCCAACUCCGGCAAUUCCCACGGUUCACGUGGUAACCGCGCCCCGCCCCGUGGCAAUUCCCACGGUUCACGUGGUAACCGCGCCCCGCCCCGUGCCGAUUCCCACGGUUCACGUGGUAACCGCGCCCCGCCCCGUGCCGACACUCCUAACGGGACGGCGAGUCGCCAAACCAUGCCUGUGAGGUCGACCGGCGACCUCAGGGACGUAAUCAACAGUCACCGUCAGGGCGGACCGGCUCUCAGGGACGUAAUCAACAGUCACCGUCAGGGCGGACCGGCUCCACCUCCUCCACCCCCAGCUCACCGUCAGGGCGGACCGGCUCCACCUCCUCCACCCCCAGCCCCGGGCUUUCAGGAGGGGAUGGUCGCGCUUCGGCAAGCCACAACGGUGUUUCAGGAGGGGAUGGUCGCGCUUCGGCAAGCCACAACGGUGCUGACACAGAUCUUGGAUGGACUUCAGGGGGCCACAACGGUGCUGACACAGAUCUUGGAUGGACUUCAGGGGAGCUUGGUGGCCCCACCACCCGGUCCGUCACGACGGGUGGGAGCUCCGAGCACCCGCCAUCCUCCAACCCCCGAACCUCGCAUGGAUGUGGAGGUCAACUCCCCACGACCUUCGGCAAGAAGGGGAGGGGACGAGGCCCCUAGAGGGCGACCCACGCAGCGUGAGACGGGCGGAGCCCGGCCGGUUCGAGCUACCAAGUCCGCGCUCGGGAGGUUGGGCACGCGGGUCCCGGUUCGUGAACGCCUCGACUUUGGGCCUCACCACGAGGUGCCCGCCGAGGGAUCGGCGUUGCGUCGAGCCCCGAGCGCGGUGCCCGCCGAGGGAUCGGCGUUGCGUCGAGCCCCGAGCGCUGAGCCCCGCGCCGCGUCCCGGUUGCGUCGAGCCCCGAGCGCUGAGCCCCGCGCCGCGUCCCGGCAUGAGCAGGCCUCGCGGAUAGAGCAAUCUGGUGAAACUCGAGGCCGACCCUCGGGAUCGAUAGAGCAAUCUGGUGAAACUCGAGGCCGACCCUCGGGAUCUCCUCACAACGAAAUGAAACAGUUGCGCAGACGAUUGGACGAGCUCCAAAGAAGAUUGGAGAUAGGGGAAGGAGCACCGGUGCCGCAGGAGGCACUAACCUCACCCUUCACGGAAGCACCGGUGCCGCAGGAGGCACUAACCUCACCCUUCACGGAGGACAUCAUGGCCCAGGAGGCACUAACCUCACCCUUCACGGAGGACAUCAUGGCCCAGCCCCUACUAACCUCACCCUUCACGGAGGACAUCAUGGCCCAGCCCCUACCACGAGAUUUGCGCUGGCCGACCAUAAAACUUUAUUCAGGGUCGUCCGACCCUCGGGCUCACAUCAACAGGUACCGGGCGACCAUCAUGAUGAUGGACGCCAGCGACGCCGUUAUGUGCCGAGGCUUCUUCGCGACCCUGGACGGCCAGGCUCAGGAUUGGUUCACGACCCUACCCGAGGGGUCUAUUUCAUCCUUUGCCGACCUCUCGGGGCAAUUUCUGUCACACUUUGCAAGCAAUAUCCCAAAGAAGAAACAAUUCGCGACCAUGUGCAAGUUGGAACAAGGGAGCACAGAGAGCCUGACCGACUACCUAGCUAAGUGGAAGAAGGAGGCGAGGUCAGUUGACAACUUCGACGAGAACGCGGCCGUGCCAAUCUUCACUAGCAAUGUCAGGUCAGGACCUUUUCAUCGUGACCUCGUCCAGAAUCCGCCAAAGACUUAUGCGGCAUUGCUGGACCGAGCAACGAGGUUCGCGGAGGCGGAGGAGGCCGAGCGGAAGAAUAAGGAAGAGGAGAGGGGGCGUCGAGACAAGGCCCCCCAGGAGGACCGCCGUGCUCCGAGGCCCCCGCGCCAAGGCCCACGGUUGGCCCCACUGCGUUGCCUCACGCCCCUGACACACCCGCUGGCCGCCAUCCUAGAGCAUGCCGAGGUCAUGGGUAUCGUGUCGUACCCGGCUGAGUGUUUGAAGAUCUCGCCCAACGCCGACCCCAACAAAUACUGUCGGUUCCACAGGCAGAUAGGGCACGACACGGAGGAAUGCAUGGUCCUCAAACGCCAGAUCGAGGAACUCAUUCAAAAGGGCUACCUUGGCCAAUACGUAAAACGACCCAGCCAGGGCAAAGCUCAAGGCCCAGGCAACGUUUGGAAAAAGAAAGGUGGUUCCGGGCCACCCGCUCCCGGGUCCCGCAAAAGGGAACUCGACCAACCCGCGGAGGAAGAGGAGAAGGAAUCGGAUGACUCCCACCCCCCCCCCCAGAAGAAUCAAAUCCAUGUCAUAUUUGGGGGGCCGGAAGGGGGAGACACGCAAUCGGAGAGGAAGAAAUGGGCUCGAAGCCUUUACGUAGGGGAAGUUGUCCGUCAGCCACACGAAAAGAAGCCGAGGAGGGAUCCCAUUGUGUUCACGGACGAUGACCUCCCGGAGGGCCCCCUACCACACCGCGACGCAGUGGUAAUCAGGCUUGACAUUAACAACAUUAUCGUGCACCGAGUGCUGGUGGACACGGGGAGUUCGGUGAAUGUCAUGUACCAUGACACAUUCGCCAAGCUGGGCUUGUCGAGGAAGCAGUUGAUGCCGGUGCGGACCCCGUUGGCGGGGUUCACGGGGGAUUCCAUCAAGGCAGAAGGCUCCAUCAACCUGGAAGUGGAAAUAGGCGACCUACCACACGUCAAAAGGUGGGAGGUUGAGUUCGUGGUUGUGAGACUCGGGGGCGCGCACAACAUCAUCCUUGGCCGCCCAGCCUUGGAGGACCUCCGGUGUGUCAUAUCUAUGGAGCACCUGUGCCUGAAGUUCCCCACCCCCACCGGGGUCGGGACAGCGAGAGGAGAUCAGAAGGUCAGCCGGAGCUGUUACUUGAAAGCGUGUCGCCAAAUCGGCAGUAGGGACCUCCAGGUCCACACCAUCGCCGAGAAGGCACUACAAGGCGAGGAAAAUCGGCCCCGUGCCGAACCCAUAGUAGAGACGGAGGAUGUAGUGUUAGACCUCGGACGGCCUGAAAGGGUCGUGAAAGUCGGAACGGGACUGCCGGCCGAGCUACGGGGCCGGAUCAUAGAAGUCAUCCGGCGCUUCAAGGACGUGUUCGCCUGGGGCCCGGAGGACAUGCCGGGACUCAGUAGGGAAGUGAUCACACACAAGCUGGCGGUCGACCCAACGAUUAAGCCGGGAGGUCUUAUACCCUGGGUGCUUGCGAAUGUGGUCCUCGCACCCAAACCGCCGACGUGGAGGAUGUGCGUGGACUACACGGACCUCAACAAGGCAUGCCCAAUGGACCCGUUCCCGCUCCCGAACAUCGACCAGCUGGUGGACGAGACAGCAGGCUGCGCGCUCAUGAGUUUUCUCGACGCAUUUCGCGGCUAUCACCAGAUUUUUAUGCACGAGGAGGACGAGGAAAAAACGGCUUUCACCACUCCUGAAGGUGUUUUUUGCUAUCGGGUGAUGGCCUUCGGGCUCAAGAACUCCGGGGCCACAUACACGAGAAUGGUCGCCAAAGUCUUUAAAAAGGUGCUCGUCCGGAACCUACAAGCCUACGUCGACGACAUGAUAGUGAAGAGCUCGGAGACCGACCUCCACACGGAGGACUUAACAGAGGUAUUUUCAAUUAUGCGCCAGUUCGAUUUACGCCUAAACCCCAAAAAGUGCACCUUCGGGGUACAUGGGGGGAAGUUCUUGGGGUACAUGGUCUCCAAGAGGGGCAUAGAGCCCAACCCCGACAAGGUGAAGGCCAUACUGGAGAUGGAGCCCCCGAGGUCCCUCCUCGAGGUCCAGCGCCUCAAUGGUCGCUUGGCCGCCCUCGGACGCUUCCUUUCGAGGUCGGCCGAGAAGUCCUUACCUUUCUUCGGGGUUCUCAAGAAGAGUAGCGGUUUUGAGUGGUCGGCCGAGUGUCAGAAGGCCUUCGACGACCUCAAGGCCUACUUGAUGUCCUUGCCUCCCCUGGCUAAGCCGGAGAAAGGGGAAGUCUUAUAUUUGUACUUGGGUAUCUCGCAAGCCGCGAUCAGUUCCGUGCUGGUCCAGGAUGAUGCAGGAGUACAAAGACCCGUGUAUUACGUGAACAGGGCCCUACGGGGGGCAGAGCUCCGAUACUCUCCAACAGAGAAGGCCAUAUUCGCUGUCGACGCCACAGCAAAAAAGUUAAACCAUUAUUUUCAGGCUCACCCAGUGCACGUACUCACGAACCUACCGCUGGAGGCGGUGCUAAGGCGCGCAGGGUCGGCAAGCCGACUCGUGAAGUGGUCUAUGAGGCUCAGCCAAUUUGACAUCCAUUUCAAGCCUAGACCAACCAUCAAGGGGCAGGCCCUCGCAGACUUCAUAGUCGAGUGCACUGCCCGCGACGCCACAGAGCAGGCAAGGAACGCGGAGGAAGAGUGGUGGACCCUAUCAACUGACGGGUCCUCGAGUAGCAAGGCAUGUGGAGGAGGGGUCGUCUUGGUAACCCCGGAAGGCUUCCGGGCGUAUUACGCCCUCCGUUUCCAUUUUAAAUUAUCAAACAACGAAGCCGAGUAUGAGGCGCUGCUGUGCGGACUCCAACUCGCAGUGAGCAUGAAGGUCGAAAAGCUGAAAAUUCGGUGCGACUCCAGGCUCGUGGUCGGCCAAGUGUCCGGCGAGUUCGAAGCGAACGAGGAGAGGAUGAUCCGGUACCGCGACGUGGUGCUCCGAGUCUUGGGGCAGAUCGCCCAACACGAAAUUUUGCAAAUACCAAGAGAGCAAAACGCAGAAGCUGAUACGCUCUCCAAGCUCAGCCAGGCCACCCCAGAAUACAUCUCGAAAAUUGCAAGGAUAGAGGACCUCCAUAAGUCCAGCUUGGAGGCAUAUCCGGUCAUGCCCGUGCAAAGCCGUCCGCCCUGUUGGUUGGACCAUCUCGUGCAGUACAAGAGGACGGGCACCCUACCCCCGGAUGAGGCCGACGCUAAGGCAGCCAAGAGACGCGCCCCGACAUACGAGCUUAUCGGGGACAUCCUAUACAAGAGGUCCUAUAACGGGGCGUUGCUAAGGUGUUUAUACCCAGAUGAAGCCCGGGCUCUCAUCGAGGAGAUUCACGAAGGAACUUGCGCAGCCCAUCAGGGAGCUUAUACCAUGGCCCGGAGAGCCAUACUUCAAGGCUACUUCUGCCCGGGGAUGGCGAAGGAAUGUGCGGAUUACGCACGGAGCUGCCCGACUUGCCAACAAUUCCAGACCGGCCCGGGCCGACCCGCCACCAACUACACUCCGAUUAGCUCUGUCAUACCAUUCUCAAGGUGGGGCAUCGAUAUUGUAGGAGCCCUGCCCAUGGGCUCGGGCAAGCGAAAAUAUGUCAUCGUCGCGGUGGAUUAUUUCACGAAGUGGGUGGAGGCCGAACCCCUAGCAAGCAUUACCAGCGUCCGGUGCAAACAGUUCAUAUACUCCAACAUACUAUGCCGUUUCGGGGUGCCAAUGCAAAUCAUUUCCGAUAACGGUCGCCAGUUCGAGGGAAAGGAGUUCAAGUUGUUCUGCCAGGAGUGGCGCAUCACCCACACCCAAGUCUCCGUGGCCUACCCCCAAGCGAACGGCCAGGUGGAGAAUGCCAACCGCACGAUAGUAGACGGGUUGAAGAAGACCCUGGAGGCGGCGGGAGGAGCGUGGGUCGAAAACCUAGAGGCGGUCCUCUGGGCGUAUCGCACCACGCCACGAAAAGCAACAGGUGAGACCCCAUUCGCGCUGUGCUACGGAUUCGAAGCUAGAGCUCCGGCAGAGGCUAUCAUUCCGACGCGACGAAGUGAGGAAUACGAUCCCGAACGCAACGAGGAGCACCACCGGGCUGACCUCCACCUGAUAGACGAGAAACGCGAAGCAGCCAUGGUGCGCGCGGAAAACUACCAAACACAGGCUAAGGCAUAG